AUGACCCUGCUGCCCCUGAUGUACCUCUCAAUGAUGCUCACGACCUGUUGCUUCACACAGAACACUGUCAAGCAGAUAAAGGAAAACAUGAAAUCCUAUGCCAAGGGCUAUGUUAUCCAAUACUAUGCGCCUUAUGUUAACACACAACCUGAUGAGCAUAAAAUGAAGCUCUUGAAACACCUAGAGGACAACCUGCUACUAAUUACCAGUACGGAGGACAAGGAGAUCGAUGGGAUGGACACACUGGUAAAGGGAAGAAGUAAAGUUUCCACAGACGUUGAAGAUAAUCUUGGUCCUAAAAUCAGAAGUUUGUCUGCAAAGGUUGACAGUAACGAUGGCUUGCUUGUCUCCAAUCCACAGAAUUUGAUGAGAGCAGUUUCCAGAGAUGUAGAGAACAGUUUGGAACAUAAGAUCAGGAGUCUGUCCAAUAAGGUUGACAGUAACGAUGGCUUGCUUGUCUCCAAUCCACAGAAUUUGAUGAGAGCAGUUUCCAGAGAUGUAGAGAACAGUUUGGAACAUAAGAUCAGAAGCUUGUCUGCAAAGGUUGACAGUAACGAUGGCUUGCUUGUCUCCAAUCCACAGAAUUUGAUGAGAGCAAUUUCCCGAGAUGUGGAGAACAGUCUGGAACAUAAGAUCAGGAGUCUGUCGAAUAAGGUUGACAGUAACGAUGGCUUGCUUGUCUCCAAUCCACAGAAUUUGAUGAGAGCAGUUUCCAGAGAUGUAGAGAACAGUUUGGAACAUAAGAUCAGAAGUUUGUCUGCAAAGGUUGACAGUAACGAUGGCUUGCUUGUCUCCAAUCCACAGAAUUUGAUGAGAGCAGUUUCCCGAGAUGUAGAGAACAGUUUGGAACAUAAGAUCAGAAGUUUGUCUGCAAAGGUUGACAGUAACGAUGGCUUGCUUGUCUCCAAUCCACAGAAUUUGAUGAGGGCAGUUUCCCGAGAUGUAGAGGACAGUUUGGAACAUAAGAUCAGGAGUCUGUCCAAUAAGGUUGACAGUAACGAUGGCUUGCUUGUCUCCAAUCCACAGAAUUUGAUGAGAGCAGUUUCCGGAGAUGUAGAGGACAGUUUGGAACAUAAGAUCAGGAGGCUGUCCAAUAAGGUUGACAGUAACGAUGGCUUGCUUGUCUCCAAUCCACAGAAUUUGAUGAGAGCAGUUUCCCGAGAUGUAGAGAACAGUUUGGAACAUAAGAUCAGGAGUUUGUCCAAUAAGGUUGACAGUAACGAUGGCUUGCUUGUCUCCAAUCCACAGAAUUUGAUGAGGGCAGUUUCCCGAGAUGUAGAGGACAGUUUGGAACAUAAGAUCAGAAGUUUGUCUGCAAAGGUUGACAGUAACAAUGGCUUGCUUGUCUCCAAUCCACAGAAUUUGAUGAGGGCAGUUUCCCGAGAUGUAGAGAACAGUCUCACAGACGUCAUUGAAGCGAUCAUCGAUCAGCUACACAAAAAUAUGACUGGCGAUGCCCAACUGUAUAAUGUUUUGAAAGAAGCAUUGUUAUCAUGGUUUCAAUACCAUGCUGAACACGAUAAUAUGCAACUUCACAACCUUGACUUGGAGAAUCUGAUUAAUUGGCUGACACUUGUGCACAACUCACGGAGAAACGUCAGCAAAGAAGAGGAAUCCUUUUACACACACUGGAACACAUCCCUGCCUAUCUUGAGAGAUACUUUGUUGUUCGCCGAUACCGUCAAACCAUUGUCAACAUACGUAUCCCUUUCUCUGAUGGGCUUGACAGAUAGCUUCAUGAAUCUUUACUGGCCUUUCCGUCGUGACAUCAACCUAAUGAACCAAAGAUUAGCAGUCAAGGGUUUCAAGGGCACAGACGUGAGUGAAAGUGAUGCUAAGAAAGCGUUCUUUGGCGAAAUCAGAAAAAUUCAGCCGAUUCAUCUCCCUGUGAAGAAAAAUGAAAUUGUACUCAUCUUUGAUGAUGAGGACAUAGCAGAUUGGUUGAACGUCACAGGAGUUAUGUCCCUUUCACCAGCCUACAUGGCUUCUAAGAAACACAUAUUCACUGGGGAAGAGCAAAGGAGGAUAUCGACCACUGCACAUGUCGCUCUCAGGAUGAUCAACAACACUCAUCCUGAACUCUUUGACGCAAUGACACAGAUGAUAUCCUGCAUUGCUUUCUACAAACAAGAACACAAGGUUAACUUAGCUGGAGGAGUUCGCUCUGCCCUUGGUUUGUUCUGGAUGGACCCGAGUGUUGGGAGAGAAUGGAGCGUUCCCUUCAUGGCGGAGCAAAUAGUCCACGAGUACACCCACAACGCACUCAACUAUGCAGAAUUUGUCCAUGGAACCUACAACGAUAAAUCCACGUUGGGAAAGGCUGAGGUGAAAUCGGCCAUUCGUCUGGUUCCUCGUCCCUACGACAAAUCCCUGCAUGCAGCUUACGUGUCAGCGGGACUUGUAACCUUUCAUUCCAGGACUGGCUAUCUGGAAAGAGCUGCACAGCUGGUGGAAACUCUUCCCCAAGCCGUGCGUGAUCUGGCAACUGUGGAGGCAGAGAAGCUUGUGCUGGAUGGGUCCGGCAGGGCAAUAGUCAAGUUCCUCACUGACUACAUGUACCUCACAAGACUCUGAAUGUUCCAUGCUGAUUUUAUAUAAACUUUUUCAAUAAACGGUUGCCAACUAUAA